AAUUUCAAGAUGGCAGCCCCCAUCUAGUCGAAAAAGCUUUUAGCUGGUUUAGUGUUUAGAGUAUAUGAAUUGUGCUUUUCUUCAAAUUAUCGGUCUGCAGACAGUUGCCAUGAACCAUUAAUGAUGUGCCCAACUCUAAAUACGGCUUUUUUCAACGGAUUCAUAGUACGUUGUAGUUUAGACAUCGGUAUUUACUUCAAUCUAUGCUUCAACUCUGAACUCAAGCCAAGGACAUGUAAACAUCAAUAGUCAAUACUGACAAUAGUGCAACUUGCAAGUAGCCUACACCAGCUAUACUGGACGCCAUGUAUGAUGUAAGCUGCAAUGGUCAUUGGCAUCAUUCUACGUUGAAGCAGGCUUACCUGAAAAGAAGAGAUGUGGGCCACACUACGUUACAGCUACAGGGUUUGUGGCAAGUGUCACACAUUUCAUUAUCAGCAACAAGUCAUAGAUGAGGCUAGCAUUCAGCAAAAACAUUUGAUACGUAAUUUUAAUACCUCUGGACAUCGAUUUUGUGCUCACGAGACAGAAAAGGACUACUAUAGUAUUCUUGGCAUAACACGACAUGCAACACAAACUCAGAUAAAGAAUGCGUUUUAUGAUUUAUCCAAAAAAUAUCACCCAGAUGUCAGCAGAGACGAUCCAAAUGCGCAUGCGUACUACACCCAGAUCACAGAAGCAUAUGAUGUGCUCGGAAACUAUCACAUGCGUAGGAAGUACGACAGUGGUGUAGAUACUUCCUCUGGUUUCUAUAGUAGAAAGACGGGCCCCACGUGGCAAAAAGAUUACCCUAGGCCAGGAACCAGUAGCAAAUGGACACAUGAAGGACCUACACGCCCCAGUGGGAUGCCACAUGGUUCAACUAGGAUUUACGACUUUGACGAAUUUCAUCGUGCACAUUAUGGUGGGACAAUAAACAGAGAGCAGCAAAGGAAGCGAAGAACUCGGGACAAGUCGCAGUUUGAUAUGAGACAAGACUUUAUCACACGCAGGUCUAUGAUCAUAACUGGUCUGAUAUACUUCUGGUUUCUAGUGACCAUUUACCGUAAUGAGGAAUUAAAUGAGAGAAAAAAUUGGGUAGAAAAGCUUAGACAGAAGCAGCUGAAGAAGCUAUCAGAGAGUGUUGACAAACGUAGUGAUUCUUGAUUAAAUAUUUGGACAAUAGACAAUGUCUUUUGUAAUGAGCUUCCAUCUUGAAAUGAUUACUAUAGCAAACUCAACAUCUCGGCAAAUAUUUUCAGAGUAACUACUUUUAGUUACUAUUGGCUAAUUUUCCUUUGUUGAGCAUUUCGUUAGUACCAGGGUUCUCCUGACGAAGUUAGAAAGGCAUAUCGUUUAUUGAUAGAUUACGGAGGGCUAAUCCGACUGAACGGGUAGUGAAAAUCUUUCAUUAUAUAUUUAUAUUGGGUUCACUGUCCUCAAUGAUAUACACUAGCAUGGAAUUUCAAUUAGCAUGCUACAACAAGCUCCUACCAUGCAAGGAGUAGAAUAGGCGUGAACUAGCCUGAAUCAGAAGUCUGACGCAAUCUUAGUACCUUCAAGAUAAUCGUUGCUUGUACAGUAAUUGCCAGGUUAUACCCAAGAUAAACAUCAUACCCAAAAUGCUACUGUAAUUGUUCAUUUUGUUGUUUGAGAAAUUUUAUUUAAAUGAAUAAUAAAAUAUAUUAUUAUUAUAGAAGUUA